AUGCCGACAUCAAUUACUACGAAUGAUGCGUCGCCAAGUGGAGGACGGCCUCCUCUGCCAACGCUACUUUGCUUCUCAGCUCUCACGCUCAGCAUCUUCCUCGCUGCGCUUGACACCGUUUUGAUUCCUACAGCACUGCCUUCAAUAUCCAGAGAUUUCCAUGUUCCGGACUCACUAUAUGCAUGGACCGGUUCUGCAUAUCUGCUUGCGAAUGCUGCUAGUAUUCCGUUAUGGGGUAAGCUCGGCGAUGUCUUUGGCCGCAAGCCGAUCAUCCUUCUUGCGAACUCCGUAUUUCUGUUGGGGAGCAUCCUAUGUGCCGUGAGCAUCAGUGCGCCCAUGCUUGUGGCUGGUCGAUCGGUCCAAGGGCUAGGAGGUGGUGGGAUCAACGUUUUGGUAUACGUCUGUGUCGCUGACUUAUUCAAUAUUCGCGAUCGAUCAUUCUACAUGGGCAUAGUUGGAGCUAUGUAUGCUGUCGCCUCGGCGCUUGGGCCUGUUCUAGGAGGUAUCUUCGCGGAGAAGCUGACCUGGCGAUGGUGCUUUUACAUUAAUCUUCCGCUUGUUUCCAUGGCCAUCGUCACUCUUUACUUCACAGUUCGUCUCCACGACCAACGCACGCCUUUUCUACAAGGUAUUGCGUCCCUCGACUGGCUUGGCACCUUUACGAUCCUCUUCGCAACGAUCCUGCUACUCGUUGGCUUACAGCUUGGCGGUACAUACUCGUACUCUCAGCCUCUUGUCGUUUGCUUCUUGGUGUUCGGGUCCUUAGCGUACGUCAUUUUCCCGUGGACCCAGUGGUGGUACGAGAAGCGCGGCGGAUCACCAAUAACUCCUCUCCGUAUCUUUCGCGAUGUUUCCAACCUCUCUGCUCUUGGCGUAUGCGCCUGCGACGCGCUCGUGUUCAACUCGGUCGCAUACUUCCUACCGCUGUACUUCCAGCUUGUGCUUUCCGCGUCUCCCCAGACAUCCGGAGUCUACAUGCUCGCUAUCGCCAUACCGCUCGCAAUAUGUUCUUUCGUUGGCGGCUGGGUCAUCGAAAAGACGGGCCGAUACCUCGAAGUGCUGCAAGUGGGCCUCGCGCUCAUGACUGUUGGUGUAGGACUUUUCAUAUCUUUCGGAGUCGCACUUGAACUGGUGAAGAUUAUUGUUUUCCUUGUCAUCAUCGGCAUCGGGUUUGGGCCCAACUUCAACGCUCCACUUAUUGCGUUGCAAACGCGCAUCCGUGAGGCGGACAUGGCAGCAGGUACAUCGGCCUUUGGUUUCGUGAGGAUGGUCAGCGGCGCUAUCGGUGUUGUCGUUGGACAAGUUGUCUUCCAGAUCCUCCUUCGUCCGCAUCUCUCUUCCUUUGUCGAUGCAGGUUUGACGAGAGAGUUUGCAGAGGAACUAGCUGGGGGUGAAGCAAUCUCGCAGUCUGCAAGAGUAGCACUUUUGGCUGAAGGGCAGAGAAUUGUGGUGAGAGGUGGGAUGACAGAUGCAUUGAGAGGUGUUUGGGUCUUCUACACGGUAGUCAGCGCUCUUGGGCUGUGCGUAUCCUUUGGUAUACAUCGGGGCAGGCUGGGGAGAAGUGGCGAUACUGAGAAGAUAGAGACGAGCAGGUCGUCACAGGAAGAGCAAGUCUUAGCCUGA